AUGACAAAACUCCAGCUGGACAAUGUCCAAACGGCCAAGCCCCAUUGGGAGAGAACGCUCCAGUUCUUUGUGGUAACCAAACCGACUCCAUCGGAUGCCCAACCGGUUACUACCGCCGUCAAGGACCUUCAGAUGUCUGUUGUCCAACUGAAGUCGAUGAAGUUAAGUCGGUUAACCGUGACUUCAAGCCAGUAGUCUUCCCUCAACGUCAAUGGGAUCAUGUCAGAAGAAAGAAACGGGUCCAAUUCACGAUAGAAAACCUUGACGCUCUUCCAGGCAACGUAGCCGGGUCGCCACCAAGACUCAGGACAAAAACUUUGACUCCAGAAUCCCAUUGGAUGAAGUCAAGUCGAUUAACCGUGACUUCAAGCCAGUAUUGUUUCCUCAACGUCAAUGGGGUGAUGUCAGAAUUAAGCAACGGGUUCAAUUCAAGGUAGAGAACCGUUUCGUUCUUCCAGUCAACUUAGCCGGCGUUUCACCAAUUUUGGGGUGA